AUGGCAACCCCCGGCAACCUCUACGUCACAAUGCAGCCUCGCGAAGGCCUCUCACUCGACCAGUUCCACGAGUGGUACAACAACGAACACGGCCCAACUCGACUCCGCCUCCCGCAAAUCUUUUCCAACGGCCUCCGCUAUCGAGCUGCAGAUGGAAAGCAGCCCGAGUUCCUCGCUGCUUACGAUGUCACGGACAUGGCGCAUCUCGAGACCGAGACGUACUUGACGCUGCGUGCAAACCGCUCUCCGAGAGAAGCCGACACCAUCGGACAGGUGGAUGUGAAGCGGUAUUUCUACGACUUGGUCCACGUCGAGGAAUCUCCGCUCUUCAUGCCAGUUGAGAAGCUGACAGACGAUGAGGCAGAAGGUCUUGUGGCUGUAACCUCCGAGAUUACCCUCAAGGAUACACCCGAGGCGAGCGACCUGUUCCGGAAGUGGUUCGUCGAGGAGCAUGUCGGCUUCAUGUCCAAGCUCCCCGGCUGGCUAAGGACUCGUCUGUUCAAGACCUCGAGUCUGGAGCCUGAUCAGCCCACAAAGUACUUGUCUUUCCAUGACUUUGCCAGAGAAAACGGGCUCCGGGAAGCAGAGCAAAAGGCUGCUACUGAUAAUUCCUGGAGCAAUGACGACUUUGAGAAGUCCGUCGCAUCCAGGAACAGGCGCAUGUACUCUCUCUUCUACACCUUUGGUCCAGCCCCAAGAGACCUGGAUCAUUUGUCGAGACUCCCUGCGCCGGCCUCCUUCACUUCAUCAGACUCCAAGACUUCCACCGUCGCCAGCCCAACUCCCAUCAUCAACUCCUACAUCACCACCCCAGACUCCCUCUCCAUCCCUUACCGUCUCGAAGGAAAUCCCGCUCCUGACGCUCCCACCAUUGCCUUUUGCAACUCUCUCCUCACCUCCCUCCACAUGUGGGACGCCUUCAUCGAGAUCCUCAAGGUCAACCGCCCUCUUCUUCGCAUCCUCCGCUACGACACCCGCGGCCGCCACUCUAUUCCACAGCCUCCCGUCUCCGCAACUCUUGACACUCUCGCCGACGACCUCCUCACUGUCCUCGACGCCCUGCGCAUCCCAAAGCUACACACCCUCAUAGGCGUAUCCAUGGGCGGCGCCACAGCCCUCAAAUUCGCCCUCAAAUAUCCCAACCGCCUUCACAAGCUCAUCGCAUGCGACUUCAACGCCUCCUCAUCCCCCGCAAACUCCCAAGCAUGGAAAGACCGCGUCGCCAUGGCCGAGCAAGACUCCGGCCGGGGCAUUAAAGACCUGGCCGACCGCACCGUCGCUCGCUGGUACCACCCCGCGUCCAUGGAAAAGCCCGAGAUAGUCAGCUUCAUGACCAACAUGGUUGCUGAAAACGACGUCGAGGGGUUCAAACACAGCUGCACGGCUCUUUCAGACUACGACAUGAAGCCUGACAUGCCCGCUUGCCUUGUCCCUGGUGUGUUUGUGGUCGGAGAGGGAGAUGCGAAUGGAGUGCUGGUAAAGGCAAUGGAUGGGUUCAAGGGCCUCUACGGGCCGGACGGCACUGAACUCAGGAUUGUUCCCAACACAGGGCAUUUGCCCAUGUCUGAGGACCCGCAAGCAUUUUGGGAAGCUAUUCAAAAUGUGGUAUACCACUUGUGA